AUAGUUCUCCAUCGAGGAAACCAAGACUACACGUCCUCAUUGCUUUUACCGAAUGUUCUUGUGCUUCCCUCCUUAUCUGGAUUCUUCGUGUUUUUCUUCUGAAUCUUCCACACAAAUUUUGUUGAUAUUCAAUGCUUUGUCGUUAGGGCGAAACUGUUCUGAUUUAGACGUUAAUCCUCUCCCAAAUUCUCUUCUCUUGUCUUACCUAGGGAGGGAAUGCUGAAGCCAAUGAGAAGCAAAUCUGGAUUAUUUGAUUGUGCAAAGAGAUGAUGGGAAAUCGCUGUGUAAGAACUCCUUGUUGUACAAUGUUAUGGUCAUGUAUAUGCUGCUGCAGCAGCAGCAACAACAAGGCUCGAACCCGAAGCCAACAUGGUUCCAAAGGAAGGGUCCAUCCGGUAACCAAAAUCGAGAAAUGGGAAGAAAAGAUCACAGAAGCUAACAACAAUGGCAAGAUUCUCGUGGUGUAUUUCAGCGCGCCAUGGUGUGUACCUUGUAAAAAGAUAGAACCAGUAUUCAGAGAACUUGCUUCUAGAUACCCUUCAAUGAUAUUUGUAACCAUUGAUGUUGAAGAACUCGCUGAGUUUAGUAAUGAGUGGAAUGUGGAAGCUACGCCAACUAUAGUGUUCCUUAAAGAUGGAAGACAAAUGGAUAAACUUGUUGGUGCUGAAACCUCAGAGCUUCAGAAGAAAACAGCUGCAGCUGCAGAUCUCCUUCUCAGAAAACUGUAA